CAUUGAACUUUACUAUACACUAACCUAUCAUGCAAGUUGAAGUCAACCCCAACGAAGAUACAGAAUGGAACGAUAUUCUCCGCAAACACGGAGUUAUCCCCGAGAAGCCUCAGGACCCGGAACCUCUCAUUCAAGAAGCCCUUGUUGAGGCGGAGCGCAAGGCCUACGAGAACCGACUAGAAGAUAAGGAUUUGGAUGAACUAGACGAGCUUGAAGACGAAGAGGAUGAAGAGUUCCUUGAGCAAUAUCGAAAGCAACGUUUUGCAGAGCUCUCCACGCUCCAGAAAACCAGUAUAUACAACCAAGUUUACCCACUUCAGAAAGUCGACUACGGAAGAGAAGUGACUGAGGCUUCCAAUAACGCCUUUGUCCUUGUGCAUCUGUCCUCAUCAUCGAGUGGUAAUGUCGAGUCGCAGCGCUUGACGGAGUUAUGGCGGCAAUUGGCGACUAAGUUUGGCGACAUCAAGUUUUGCGAAAUUCGCGGCAAUAUGUGCAUUGAAGGGUAUCCGGAUAGAAACACCCCGACAAUCUUAGUGUACAAGGACGGCGAGAUAAAAAGACAGCUCGUAACACUAAGGGAGCUUAAAGGCCCUAGGACGACGAUCGAAGGUAACGUCAAACCCAUGCCCAUUAAUCUCGAGAGGAUGCUCCUAGACCUAGGCGCCCUCAAGGAGAGUGAUGUACGUUUGAAGAAGCGAUCUGACGACUCAGAUGACGCUCGUCCAUCGAAAAUAAAACAAUCUCGAGUAGAAGAUGACGAUGACGACUGGGACUGA